AUCUUCUCCAACAAGAGUCAUAAAAGUGAAUAUUGCAUGCUGCACUUUUUUCUGUCCAAAAGCAGAGCAGCAACUCUCCCUCAGACACAUCAAGACUCGAAGCAACACAGUGUGUGAGCAGCAGGAGCCAUGUCACUCCGGUUCCUAACUCUGCUUUUUGGCCUGGGUUUGACGGCAGCUGCACUAACAGGGGAAACAGAGACUGAUGUUGAUGAAGGUCAUGACUGGGACAUCUUCGACAUCAAUCAAGGUUUGAGGACUCUCAUUGUUUUUUGUUUGGUUUUGUUAUAUUAUGUCAUCAAAUGUUACUGAGGCUUUUCUCAUGCAAACACAUUAUUUCUUUGCUGAGGCCGAGCUGGACCUGCUGGAGGGAGAUAUUGAAAUGCCACUCGGCAGAAACUCCAUCAUAGGAGAUUCGUUUCGCUGGCCAACAACCAUUCCUUACUACCUGGAGGACAGCCUGGAAAUGAAUGCAAAGGGAGUGAUCCUGAAGGCCUUUGACCAGUACAGACUGAAGACCUGUAUUGACUUCACACCAUGGAAUGGAGAAAAGAACUACAUCUCUGUAUACAAAGGCAGCGGAUGCUACUCCUCUGUAGGAAACCAGCAGGAGGGAGAGCAGAGAUUAUCCAUUGGUAAAAACUGUGAUAAGAUUGGAAAGGUUGAGCAUGAGUUCCUGCAUGCUCUUGGAUUUUGGCACGAGCAGUCCAGAGCUGACCGUGAUGAUUACGUCAACAUCAUGUGGGAUCGCAUUGAACCUGGAGAAGAGUACAACUUCAAUACAUAUGAUGACAAAAUCUCCAGCGCUCUGGGCAUCCCAUAUGACUACGGUUCAGUGAUGCACUACAGUAAGACUUCCUUCAGCAACGGCUCUGAGCCCACCAUGGUCACCAAGAACUCAUCUUUCAUGGAUGUGAUUGGUCAGAGGAUGGGGUUCAGUGCUAGUGACCGAACCAAACUCAAUCGUCUCUACAAUUGCACGGAGUCCUCCACCUUUGUUGACAGCUGUGACUUUGAACAGGAGAACAUCUGUGGGAUGAUCCAGGAACCUGGGAACGCAAAGUGGGAACAACGCAGAUCUGUGAGUGGAGGGCCUCAGCACGACUUCACCGCCAUGGGGCAAUGGGAAGGGAAAGGCUUCUUCAUGCACUUCAGCACAGCCUCUACUGAACCUGGGCACCAGGCCUCUCUGGAGAGUCGCUGGCUUUACCCCAAACCUGGAGCUCAGUGUCUGCAGUUCUUCCUCCAUAACACGGGGGCGGCUGAUGAUGUUCUCAACAUCUGGGUGCGAGAGUACGACAAGGCCACACCCAGCGGUAAACUGAGCCUCUUCAAGAGCAUUUCAGGAGGUGUCAUGGGUUCCUGGGAGCUGCAUAAUGUCGAUCUGAGCGUGACAGAGAAGGCCCGUGUGGUGUUUCAGGCCGUGAGGGGAAAGAGUCCAUCGAGUGGGGGUUUCUCUCUUGAUGACAUCAACCUGUCGUCCACAAAGUGCCCUCAGCACGUCUGGCGCAUCCGCAACAUCACCAGCCUGAUGGCCAGCACACCAGCAGGAGAAAAACUGUACAGCCCUCGCUUUCUCUCUCCAGCAGGUUACUCCUUCCAGGUUUGCGUGAAUCUAGGUGGAACGAGCUACCCUCAGGGGUACAUGGGCAUCUACUUCCAUCUGACCUCAGGCCCCAACGACCACAACCUCAAGUGGCCUUGCCCCUGGCAGCAGGCGACCAUGGCCCUGAUAGAUCAGCAUUCUGACAUCAGAGAGCAAAUGAACAUGCACCGAAUGGUCACCACUGACCCUGAUGAGUUUUCAUAUUAUACUGGGUACAGAUGGGAUGACCCAAGGAAAUAUGACUGGAAAGUGACGCAGUCUGACGGCAGCUUUUACUAUCGAGGCCGAGGAUUAGGGUCCUCAAAAUUCAUCAAACACAGCAGGCUGAGGAGCAGACAGUUCAUCAAAGGAGAUGAUGCCAUCUUCUUGUUAAGUUUGGAUGAUAUAUCUGACCUGCUGCAACCUCAGCCUCGUCCUCGCUCUGCAGACUAUGCUGAAGCCAAUGCGAUGAAGGCUGGAGACCAAGACACUCCACAGGCAGCAGCUAGUAACCACAUGGUGAUCGUGGUUGUGGCAAUGUGUGUGUCAGCGGCCAUUUUUGUGGUAUCCAAACUACUUCUUGGCAAGGCAUGGAGGGUGAGGAGAAGACAGCGAGGGAGUGACGAUGUGGUGACAUUACAUGAUAUGCAAUUCACUGAGAAUCCGACCAAAGACUUACCCUCAGUUCUGAUCUCUGCAUGAGCUCCUCACUGAUCAGAGCAGAGGACGCUUCACAUCUCUGCACAUGAGUUGUUUUCACAGAAUCUGAAGCUGUACCUCGGAAAUAAAAUCUCUGACUGAAUUACAGUUUGACCGGUAGUAAGUCUCAUGAUUCCGGACCACUGAAUGAGGAUAUGUGAUCUGGACACAGAAAUAAACAUGAACAGGUUUUACAUUUGAUACAAAUCAUUUCACCCAAUAAUGAACAUCAUGUAAUGUCGAAAUUGAACUUUUACACAACAUUCAACAAACAUCUCCUCAACCUUACUGGCUAAAAACACAAGGAAGACCUUGAUUAAAUAAAGGCAACAAUAAUCUCAAGGAUUGUCUUUUGAUAUUUUUAAAUAUUACGAUGAAUAUUACGAUUUUUUAUUAUUCAGACUCAAAACAAUAACACAGGACUGUUUAAGUUCUCAUCGAAUCAUUUGGUUUUGGUUGUCUGAUAGUUCUUUCAGAAUUUUAUAUUUUUAGGUAAACUGCACUUGUGCACCUUGACAUUAAGGCAACACCAAUAAGUCUGAUAUGGCUUUCAAUAAACAUGGGGGGGCAGCCACUGGCUUUCAAGGCUGUUUUCUUGCAAGGUAGUCAUGAGUACAUGUGUUGACACUGAAUUGGUCAAUAGACUUUAGAUAGAUAGAUAGAUAGAUGGAUACUUUAUUAAUCUCGAGGGAAAUUCAGAUCAUCCAGUAGCUUAUACAGUUAACACUUAAACACGUCACUGACAAACAGCACUAUGAAAACAUUUACCUUUCCAUUUGUUUAAUUUUUUAUCUUAAUCUCUCUUGCAUGACUUUGGAUGUUUCAUCUUCAAUUCCCGACAGAAAUGUUAAUGAGCUCCAAACAUAUUAUGGUGGAGGUUUUUCAAAUAAGAUGUUUUUGCGGAGCACUAAGGCAACAUUACACCUAUGACCUUUGUUUUUUUCAAAGCUCUGGUUGACUCAUCUAUUUACAUUGUUAAAUCUUCACCAAUGUGUAGCCUAGAUUAUUGAUUGUAAAUGCAAACUGUUCCAAGCAGUUAAUACUCUCAGAAUCUGCGGUGAAUAGACACCAUGUCCAAGCCAGCUCUGUUCAUUUGUACUGUAUGUUUAUUGUAUUGUUGUUUCAGUGCAUGUUUAUUAGUGGGAUUAAAAUUCUCAGAUAAGCGAA